CCCCUGCUCCCCCCCCCCCAACCCCUCCGUGUCCCCUCCGAGGACGCACAGCCACUCCCUUCCCACUUCCCUUUUUUUUGGGGAGAGGCCCCAAAAAAAUAUCUGUGCCCCCCCCCUCCACACAGGCACUGCAACAUGGUGUUGGAGAACGUGAAGGAGAUGUGGACGGAGGUGCCCAAAAGCGGGAAGGGGAAGAAAAAAUCCAAACCGGUGAACAAGGACCGCUACAUCUCCAAGAUGUUCCUGCGCGGCGACUCCGUCAUCGUCGUCCUCCGCAACCCCCUCAUCGCCGGGAAAUAGAGGAGCCCCCCCCCCCCCCAAAUUAAAAAAAAAUUUCCCCCCCCCCAAAUCCCUCAGGAUCCUCUGGGACUUCCCCCCAAACCACGCUGAGAUCCCUCUUUUUGGGGUGCCCGGCCGGGUCCUGGCGAUGUCACACUGAGCCCCUGCUGGGCACCCCCCCCCCCCCCCCCAAUUCCUAGUGGGCCCCCCCAACACCUUGUGUGUGUCCCCCCCCCACUCACACAGGGGCUUCGUCCCCCCGGGGGAAUUUGGGGGGUAACUGAGCCCCCCGAGGGGGGUAGAAUUGAGUGUCGUGUGUGUGCCCCCCCCCGGGGGGGCGAUAGAAAUUCCACGUGUUUCAUUUCCGAGUUAAAUAAAGGUGGCCUGUCCGCCUCUGUGUCCAAAUUGGUAAUUAACAGGGGUUUUUAAUAAAAUUAAUGAGCUAUUUCCGUG